AUGACACCUCUGGGCCCCCAGUUGCACAGGGUCGCAAUCCUGGCUACCCUCCUGCUGCUGAUGCUUCGAGUGAAGGGGGUGAGGCCGCCAAAGGAGAUUGCAGACUCCGCAGAGAGCAGCCCGAAAGAGACCCUGCCGGCCACAGAUCAGGACGAAGAACAGCUGGAAGAGCGCUUUGUGGCCUCCUCCAUGGGGGAGAUGUGGCAGCUUCUGGACAUGGCCCAGCAGGAGGACAAGGGGGCGGAGACGGCUGCCCUGCGAGAACACCUCUUUGACCUGGCCUUCUGCCUGAACUUGGCCAGCAUCCUGGUUUUUUUAUGAGGGACAUUGAGGCCGAGGUCCUGGCCUGGCUCCUGGACGAGGACUUGGCUCUCUACCUCCGCUUCAUGAUCAUGUACUGACCCCUGACCCCUGGCCUCUCUCCGAGGCAGCAGCAUCGCCCUGCCCCUUCACAGCCCAGGGCCAGAGACCCCAUCGAGCCCAGGGUUCCACCCCCAUGAGGUUCCAGGUUGGUUUUGCCUGGGACAAAGGACUGGGGAGGAGGGCCAAGACCAACGCGGUGGCA